CUCUGUGACAUGUCACUCUCUAAUUGGUGAUUAUGUUGAUUAUAGUUAAACUAUUAAUAAUUAAAUUAUAGUCCAAAAUAGAUAAUUGUGUAAUUUACUAAACUAUGAAAAACCUAAUUUUUGUUUCUUCCCCAAAUCAUGCUCCCAGAAAAUCAACCCUAAUUUGCUGUAUCUCCUCCUCCGUUCCGUCACCGUCGUCGCCACCCGAGCAUAACCGCCUCAUUGGGUGUCCCAUUCUCUCCGUCUGUCGUGCCAUCUCCAUCCUACAAAACGACGUUACUAUUGCACAUGCUUAUGAAUUCUCAAUUUUAAUUUUCAUUGUAGUGCCUUGUUAAUUGAGUGUCAGCUAGGUUUUGUUCGUUUGUCCCCUUUUUUGAGGCAAUUAAUUGCGUUGAUUGAGAAGGAAUGUAUGGCGGCGGGAAAGAAUCAACGACGCCUUAUGGUGCUAAUGCAUACAAGGAUCUGCGGCAUCAACCCAAGAAGGUGGAGGAGGAGGCUGUGGUUUGGGAAAAUCUGCCUCCGUUUCCUUUAAUUUCAGCGUGGAUCUUCCACUGGGUCGCAUGCACGCUUUGGAGUUGGAUUCCAAGAUUCAUCUCAUUGGAGGUUUCAAAUAUUUGUCCGUACUUGAUUAUUAUUGUGAUGGUCCUUGCUAUCCUUCCAAAAAAGUCUACGAACUAGACCUUGACAAGGAAGUGGAGGAGUCGAAUCCAAUAGAUGAUUUUCCAAAGUUAUUGAUACCGGUUCUAUGCUCUUCACAAAAUCUGAAGUGUUUGUUAUUUUAUAAGGAUGUGUGGUCUCGACCAUCUCGUACAUGAGGCUGGUCCUCCGAAUUUUUGGGUUCUACGCGCUGCGACCAAGAUGAAAGAGUUUUCGUCUACUCUUAUGACACCCAUAACUCACAUUGGACCAGUGAGGGUGGCAAUAGUUUUGCGCGUUCUUUUUUGUGUCCAAGUGGGUGGCCAGCGUCGGUCCUUUCUUCCAAGUGUGUAUACUCCAGACUUGUUUUAUCCUGGCAAAUACCUGGCACUUUCAUGCGAAUGCAUUGGAGAAAAAUACUUGAUGUGUGCUUUCCAGGUGGAUGAAUUGGGUGUCUGUUAUCUUCGAAAGGCUUGAAGGCUGCCUAGAUAGAAUGCCAUCCUUCAAUCAUGAGGAAAGGUCUGUGCUUGUUGAUCUUGAUGGCAAAGGCACGUUUCUCGUUAUGUUACCUGGCUUUGCAAAGGAACGAGGACAGGACCUAGUCCUGUGCGUGUUGGUUCUUCAAGUCAUUGUGAAGAAGGUUGUAUCCCAUCCCUUCCGGAUCCCACAUAGAUCUGUGAGGUCCCCAAUGGAGGGUGAUUUCUUAGAUUGGAAGGUCCUUAGCAUGAACAUGUACAGCAUAAAUCGUGGCUUCGAUGAUUAGUUUAGUGUCUCUCUUUUCCCUGGCAUCCCCUGCAACAAAGCCAUUGCAUACGAGGUCCCAAGGGGAGGAAAAAGAAAAUGCAACCAAAUUUGAGUUCCAGACAUGCUUGCUUGCUUCAAAGCAAGGUUACUUUUCACAGUUUUCGGUGGAAACAUUGUUUUACAUAUUAUACAGCAUGCCCAAAGACGAAGCACAAUUAUAUGCUGCAAAUUAAAUGAGCUGCACAAUAGAGGAUGGUAUUAUCACAAAGACAAUCGUUUCUGGUUUAUAAGAGUUCCCAACAUGGAGCCGCUUGUUAGAACGAACACAUACGAGAGAGGAUCUUAUCACUGUUUCGAUCCAAACACAUUUGAAACAUACGAAAGAGGAUCUUAUCACUGUUUCGAUCCAAACACAUUUGAAACUGUUCGCAAGGAUAACUUUGUUCUACAUUAUGAAAUGUUGGAAAAGAGACCGCCUCUACCACAGCAUCGAGUAGGAAUCAGAACCUUUAUUGUAGAGUUUCAACUGUAAAUUUUCAUUCUGGAUUUUAAUUCCUCAGAAUGUCAUUAGCAUAAGUAUUCCUUUAGUUUGGGCUUUCUCGUACUAUAUGUCGCUUGAGUGAUCCAAGCAUUUCUUCUUUAACUGCCCUAAUUUGAACAAAAGAAUAAUGAUACGUAGGUAUUUCGAUAACCUAGUUAUCUGAUGGAUUUUGUCUGCCCCCUAGCUCCAAUGCACAGAAAAGAAAAGCACCUUUGUCAAUAUUUGAUAUGGUUCCUAGGAAUUAUGCGUCAGAGUUAACACGCAGCUGAAUAAUGAUUUAAUUAUUCU